AUGUCUUCAAGGCAUCAUGAUUUUCCCUUGGAGAGUCUCAAGGUGAACGGUCCCAAUUACCUGAAACAGGCUUUAACCAGCUGUACAGAUCCCCUGAAGGCUAUAGAAGAGUUUCAAGUAACAAACGGUAUUUUACUGCCGUCCCUUCGGCCUAUGCUGCCGUUGUUAGAUCUACAUGGAGUUAGGCGUUUGGAUUUUCAUAUGUCCGUUGUUGAGGAGCUACGUGAAAAAUUAAUUUCUCAUAUCAACGAAAUAGGAAAACAGGAAGGCAAAGAAAGGGACCAUAAACUUAGGGAGUUGCUUCAAAAAAGUUUUCCUGUAAUAAAAGUCAAGGCGAUGCGACCUAUCGUUAUGGCAAUAUUGAAGAAUAUUCCGCAUAUUGAUGAUCAUUAUCUUAAAGUACUUGUUAGGGAUAGAGAAUUAUAUAAUGACACAGACACUGAAGUUAAAAGACAAAUAUGGAAAGAUAACCAGUCGUUGUUUGGCGACGAAGUUUCACCGCUUUUAAGUCAGUACAUCACAGAAAAAGAAAAUGUUUUAUUCGACCACACCAAUUUGAGUGUACAGUUUUUCGGACCAUCACCUAAGGUUCGCAGACAAGGUGAGGUAGUCCAAAAACUAGCCCACAUGAUCGGCAACAGUGUGAAACUCUACGACAUGGUGUUGCAAUUUCUCAGAACGUUGUUUCUAAGAACUCGUAUAGUGCAUUAUUGUACCCUAAGAGCGGAACUACUGAUGGCGCUGCACGACUUAGAAGUACAAGACAUCAUUUCUAUCGAUCCUUGUCACAAAUUCACCUGGUGUUUGGAUGCCUGUAUCCGAGAAAAAAACGUCGAUAUAAAACGGUCUAGAGAACUUCAGGGAUUUUUGGAUAAUGUUAAAAGAGGGCAGGAGCAGGUUUUAGGAGAUCUAUCCAUGACUCUUUGUGAUCCUUACGCUAUUAACUUUCUGGCUUCUUCGGCCAUCAAGAUAUUGCACCAUUUGAUCCAUAACGAAAGCUUGCCAAGGGAUAACACAAUUUUAAUAUUGCUACUGCGAAUGUUGGCGUUGGGACUCAGUGCGUGGGUUAUGAUCGAUUCACAAGACUUUAAAGAGCCAAAACUAGACAGUCAGGUUGUUACAAAGUUUUUGCCAGCUUUAAUGAGUCUCAUGGUAGAUGAUCAGGUUAGACAGCUGUCAACUAAACUUCCUCCCGACGAGCGCGAGGCUGCCAUCACAAUUAUAGAACAUGCCGGCCCUCUACCGGACGCGGUAGAAGCUUAUAUCCAAGACAGCAGCGUUGCCAGCAUUCUAGCCAUGUACUACACGCUAAACGUCACUAGAUUGAAGGAUAGGGUAGCACUGUUACGUAUAUUGACUGUUCUGGCAAACUGUAAGGACGACAGAGCUUUUGAAGACCCUUUUCUACAUUCAUUUGUGGGGCUUUUGAUCAAUAACCCUGACGAGUUUCAAGCGGAAGAUUUCUGUACUGCGUUAUUCGAUGAAUUUUUCUCUGUAGGAUUACAGAGAGACAAUGUUACAAGACAUCUACUAAAAUUAUUAUGGUAUGUUCAUCAAAAAUUACCCGUGAGCAGGUUGCAUACCAUAUUAAAAACAGUCCAACCUACACAUCAGCACAGUGAAAAAGUACAUAACCUGUAUAAGUUACUUCAAGACAAGAUAAACUCGCAAGAAGAAACUACCAUCCUCACUGACAUGGAUAUUGAUAUCAACUCACCUUUAAUGAGUGUUCCAACACCUGCGCCGUAUCAUCAUAUUAUAUAGAUUAAGUAAAAUAUAUACAUAGUUUUUUUUAUAUUUUAUUGACAGAGAAAUAAAUGGUUUAAAAAAUG